UUUAUCAGAAGCCGGCGUUCGGCAAUAUUCAAGCGUACUUUUGUAAAGAUUUUAUAUUUUUCGAGUUGAAGAAACAUACUACUUUUAAGAUAAGUCGAUAUGGAGCUUACAGAUGAUAAUUUGCUCACUCUUAGCGAAUAUUUAAAACAUACACUCAGCCCGGACGUAAAUGUCAGACGGCCAGCUGAGAAGUUUUUAGAAUCUGUUGAAAUAAAUCAAAAUUAUCCGCUACUUCUUCUACAUCUCGUGGAGAAGUCUGAGAUCGAUAUAACCAUUAGAAUUGCUGGAGCAGUUGCUUUCAAGAAUUAUGUUAAACGUAACUGGAAAGUGGAAGAAGAUUCAGUGGAUCGUAUACAUGCGCACGAUAGAAAAGCGAUUAAAAUACUUAUCAUUAAUUUGAUGUUGCAUUCUCCCGAUUCAAUUCAAAAACAGUUGUCAGAUGCUGUUUCUAUUAUUGGGAAGUAUGACUUUCCAAAUAAGUGGCCGGAGCUUAUAGACCAAAUGGUCGAAAAAUUUAACACGGGAGAUUUUCAUAUUAUUAAUGGUGUUUUACACACUGCACAUUCUCUGUUUAAAAGGUACAGAUAUGAGUUCAAAAGUCAGAGUCUAUGGACAGAAAUAAAAUAUGUGCUGGAUCAGUUUGCCAAACCUUUAACUGACCUGUUUGUUGCUACAAUGAAUUUGGCAGAAGUUCAUGCACAUAAUAUAGAUGCGCUAAAAGUGAUAUACAGUUCAUUGGUGAUUCUUUCAAAGGUGUUUUACUCUCUUAACUUCCAAGAUUUGCCAGAAUUUUUCGAAGAUAAUAUGGCUGUUUGGAUGAAGAAUUUUCAUACUUUAUUAAAUACCAAUGUUCCCUCUCUACAAAACGCAGAUGAAGAAGAGGCAGGAGUAAUCGAACAAUUAAAGUCACAAGUCUGUGAUAAUAUUGGCCUGUAUGCACAAAAGUACGACGAAGAAUUUCAGCCGUAUUUACCGGAAUUUGUAACUGCUGUAUGGAAUUUGUUGACAUCAACAGGGCAACAACCGAAGUACGAUGCUUUAGUCUCGAAUGCCUUACAAUUUUUAGCGACAGUAGCAGAUCGUGCACAAUACAGACAUCUGUUUGAAAACCCAACUACUUUGAGUAGUAUAUGCGAAAAAGUUAUAAUACCUAAUAUGGAAUUUAGAGAAUCGGAUAAUGAGUUGUUCGAAGAUAAUCCAGAAGAAUACAUCAGGCGAGAUAUCGAAGGCAGUGAUGUGGACACGAGAAGAAGGGCUGCUUGCGAUUUAGUUAAAGUACUUUCCAAGUAUUUUGAAGCAAAAAUAAUGGAAAUUUUUGGCGCGUACAUACAGGUAAUGCUACAAAACUAUGCGGCUAAACCUGCUGAAAAUUGGCGAAGCAAGGAUGCUGCGAUUUAUCUAGUGACUAGUAGUGCAAGUAAAGCUCAAACGCAAAAACAUGGUGUUACUCAAAGCAGUGAUCUUGUUCCACUACCUCAAUUUGCAAUGCAACACAUAGAACCUGAACUGCUUAAACCGAACGUAAGCGAAUUCCCAGUACUUAAAGCAGAUGCAAUCAAAUUUAUAAUGACAUUCAGGUCAAUACUACCAAAAGAAAUGAUCGUUGGAAGUUUGCCACAAUUAGUCAGACAUUUGAGUGCUACGAACAUUGUUGUUCAUACGUAUGCCGCCUGUGCGAUUGAGAAAAUACUUGCAUUGAGAGCCCCAGAUAAUUCACCUGUAGUUAAGGGAAACGAUUUGUCGUCUUUGGCAGCAGAUUUGUUGAAAAAUCUGUUCGCAUGUUUAAAUAUGCCUGGAUCAGAAGAGAACGAAUAUGUGAUGAAAGCUAUUAUGAGAUCCUUUGGAACCCUACAAGAAAUCAUAAUGCCAUUUUUAGCGGAUCUCUUGCCGAAACUUACGGAGAAACUCGCACUCGUAUCCAGAAAUCCAAGUCGUCCCAAUUUCAACCAUUAUCUGUUUGAAAUUUUUGCCUUGUCAAUUAAGGUCGUUUGCAAAACGAACCCAGUUGCGGUUUCUUCGUUCGAAGAGGCAUUGUUCCCGAUUUUUCAAGGCAUUUUGCAGCAAGAUGUCUUGGAAUUCAUACCAUAUGUUUUUCAAAUUCUUGCCUUGCUUUUGGAAUUACGGACAACUCCGCACAUACCAGAGCCAUACCUGGCUCUAUUUCCUUGUCUUUUGUCAUCCGUGUUGUUUGAGCGUCAAGCUAACAUCCAUCCUUUGACUCGAUUGCUGAGAGUAUUCAUUAGACAUGGUGCUCAUCAUAUAAUUGCGCAAGAAAAAAUGAGCGGCUUGUUGGGAGUAUUUCAAAAAUUACUCGCUUCAAAAGUACAUGAUCAUGAGGGUUUCUUGUUGCUUCAAAGCAUCAUAGAACAUUUUGCGCCGAACGUAUUGGAACCGUAUAUGAAACAAAUAUUUGUACUGUUCUUCCAAAGACUUUCAUCGUCGAAAACAACAAAUUUCGUAAAGGGUCUCAUCGUGUUUUUCGCAUACUAUAUCAUCAGAUAUGGUUCAAGUAGUUUAAUUACAAUCAUCGAUCAGAUACAACCUCAGAUGUUUGGUAUGGUCGUGGAGCGCGUAUUAAUAGCAGACAUGCAAAAGAUAUCGGGUGAUAUUGAGCGGAAAGUGACAGCAGUCGGAAUUUCAAAUUUACUGAUCGAUUGUCCAGCAAUGUUAGAAAGCCCGUACAGUACAUAUUAUCCGCGCAUAUUGGCGGCAUUAGUGGAAUUCUUUGAAUUGCCGCAGGACCAAAGUACAGUACCCGAAGACGAUCUGAUCCCAGAGAUCGAAUCUGCGCCUGGAUAUCAAGUAGGAUACAAUCAACUUCUUUGUGCGAAAACACCUGCAAAGGAUCCUUUAGAAGCUAUCGGCGACGUGAGACUGCACUUAGCACAAGGAUUGGGAAGAUUAUCGCCGGGGCAGUUGCCUAACCUUCUUGGACAAAUUCCAGAACCUAAUGCGAACCAUCUAAGAACCUACCUUCAAACAGCUGGAAUUACUGUUGCAUAAUACGAACUAGAUAUUCGAGAUAGAUUAAAACUUCAUCUGAUUACUCGAAAAAUGAACAAUAUUAAGCUGAAUAAACUGUAAGAAAUUCUCGAAGGGCUACUUUUUCAACGAUAUUCUCAUUGCGGAUUGUAUAUAUCGUGAGAUCUUACGCGCGCUAUAUCGUUCGCCGAUCGUAUAAUACAGAAUAUUUCAAGAAAUGUUUCUUAUUUUUAUGCGAUACUGUAAAAAAUAAAAGUUAAAAAUAUGA